AUGUCUGCAGAUAGUGUGAGAGUUUCACUCGUAACAACAACGGAGGCUUUCCAACAAGUCAUGACGGUUCGGAGAGAAGUCUUUGUAGAGGAGCAACAAAUUGAUUCAUCUUUGGAAUUUGAUGCCAAUGAUACCAAGUUUUCCGAACAAUUGAAUUCAUCAUCUUAUCAAGAUGAUAUUCAAACAAAUUUCAUGAGAUAUUAUCUUGCUGAAUUGGUCCACCAAACCGAAGCUCCAUCAGAAAGUUCCUCCUCCACAUCAAUACAAACAAAGGUUGGAGGAACUUGUAGAGCUCGGAAGACUGGAGAAAAUUCAUGGAAAAUUGAACGUUUUGCAGUAUUGAAGAAUUUACGUGGUUUUGGUAUGGGUCGGAAAUUAUUGAGAUUUGUAUUGUUGGAUUUGGGUGUGAAACAACAAGACAAACCAAAAAUCUAUUUGCACGCACAACUUUCAGCUGUCCCGUUCUAUCAAAAAUGCAUUUUCGAGGAAGAAGGAUUGAAAGGAAGAUUUUUAAUUGUGGGAGACCAAUUUGAGGAAGCUUCCAUACCACAUUGUAAAAUGGAAUGGCAAUGGGAGUGA